UGCCCGGCUGAGCCGCCUUCCAGUUGGCUGAAGCCACCUUCCCAGAAGCUGAGUCGUCGCGGCGGCGGUGGGGAUUGCAGGUGGCUCAGGCUCGCAGAUGGGUCAAGGGCUGUGGAGAGUGGCUAGAAACCAGCAACUGCAACAGGAAGGCUAUAGUGAGCAAGGCUACCUAACAAGAGAACAGAGUAGGAGGAUGGCUGCUAGCAACAUUUCUAAUGCAAACCAUCGCAAACAAGCCCAAGGAGGCAUUGACAUAUAUCAUCUUUUGAAAACAAGGAAAUCUAAAGAACAGGAAGGAUUCAUUAAUUUGGAAAUGCUGCCUCCUGAACUAAGUUUUACCAUUUUGUCAUACCUGAAUGCAACUGAUCUUUGCCUGGCUUCAUGUGUUUGGCAGGACCUUGCUAAUGAUGAGCUUCUCUGGCAAGGGUUGUGUAAAUCCACUUGGGGUCACUGUUCCAUAUACAAUAAGAACCCACCUCUAGGAUUUUCCUUUAGAAGAUUGUAUAUGCAGCUGGAUGAAGGCAGCCUCACCUUUAAUGCCAACCCAGAUGAGGGAGUGAACUACUUUAUGUCCAAGGGCAUCCUGGAUGAUUCACCGAAGGAAAUCGCAAAGUUUAUCUUUUGUACAAGAACACUAAAUUGGAAGAAGCUGAGAAUCUAUCUUGAUGAAAGGAGAGAUGUCUUGGAUGACCUUGUGACUUUGCACAAUUUUAGAAAUCAGUUCUUGCCAAAUGCACUGCGAGAGUUUUUUCGACAUAUUCAUGCCCCUGAAGAGCGUGGGGAGUAUCUUGAAACUCUUAUAACAAAAUUCUCACACAGAUUCUGUGCUUGUAAUCCUGAUUUGAUGAGAGAGCUUGGCCUUAGUCCUGAUGCUGUCUAUGUACUAUGCUACUCUUUGAUCCUGCUUUCCAUUGACCUCACUAGUCCUCAUGUGAAGAACAAAAUGUCAAAAAGAGAAUUUAUCCGAAACACCCGGCGCGCUGCUCAGAACAUUAGUGAAGAUUUUGUAGGGCACCUUUAUGACAACAUCUACCUUAUUGGCCAUGUGGCUGCAUAAAAGCACAACUGUUAAGACUUCAGCUUUGAAGGUGAAAACAACUAAAGCUACCCAAGAAAUUAUUUUAUAGAUAUAGGGGUUACACUAGUGCUGGUCAUUCUAACCUCUGCAUACAAUCAAGUGUGUGUCUACUACCUUUUUUUUUUUUAGUAAUUUACCAUGGGAACUGAAGGAUUUUGCAGAAAUUUUUCUUAAUUUUCCUUAAUUUUGCACAAAGCAGAGCCAUGACAAAGCAGAGUCUGACACAACCAUUUAAGAAUGUUUAAACUGACAUUACACUAAAAGAGUGGUAAAUUUGUGCAUUUGAUUUGCUUCAGAAAUCUUAACCAGUUCCAUUCUUUUAUAAAAUACCAUGUAAUGUGUACAUAUUUAACUAAAGAGAUUUAUAAUCAUAAUUAUUUUAUUGUAUAGUAUUUUAACUAAAGUUUUUCCUUUUCUCUCUAAA